CACUGGAUGAACAGCUCAUGUUCAGUAUUUAACAUUCCUUCUUUCACAUCUUGAAAUACUGCAGCAGCUGCCUGUUGGUGAAAAUUAAUGAAAGUCUUCUAAAUCACGGAGCAGUAGGAAUCUCAACAUGGGAAAGUUACUUCUCAAGGAUAAAGUCAUUUAUUUUAUUGUUUGGGCUCUGAUGUGGACGUACAGCUCUGCAGAGAGAGAGUACUUCUACCAGUCGAGGACUCUCACCUGGGAAGACGCCAGGAGCUACUGCCAGGUCUGUUUCAAAGACCUGAUGACCAUGACUCCUGAAAACAUCCAAACCUUUGCCGGGAAACUCUCAUCUGACUCCUGGAUCGGCCUCCGAAAGAACUUCUACUCCACCACCAACACCACCACCAAUGCCACCGACAACUACACCAUCAAUGCCACCGACAACUACACCAUCAAUGCCACCGACAACUACACCAUCAAUGCCACCGACAACUACACCAUCAAUGCCACCAGCAACACCAGUCUACCCUGGUCCCGCUGGGCUAAUGGGGACCCCCUGUCCUUCCAGAACUGGUACCCUGGUUGGCCCAAGUUCAAAUCCCCCUUCCCAAAAAGAGACUGCUGCAGCUGCUCCUGCACGUGCCCAGCGACAACAACAACCCCAAGAUGGACUACCCCGAGUGUGGCAACCACAAGAGCACCAACCGCCGCCCCUUUCACUGACUUCACUGACCAAAAUGUGACGAGCUUCAGUGGACAAGAAGACACAGAAAAUACGACCGGUAUCACUGACCAAAAUGUGACAGAUAUUUCUGGGUUCGGGGAAUUCAACACCGAAAAUGCCACAUCAUUUACUUUAUUUGAAUCCUCAGAAAACACAAGUUCCAGUGACACCAUACACGUCUCAACCCAAAGCCCCCCGUUGUUCAACACAACUCCUCCCGUAGCGACCUCAAUGCUUCCGCUAGAAGCAGAGUGUGCGAAGUCACCCAUGCUGACGCCGGAUGUCCCAGACAUUGAGGAGAACUUCAUCGAGGACUCUUGUGUGGCCAUGCUCAGCUUCGGGGCCUGGGUAGAAAAGCACUGCUUCGAGCUUCUGACUUUUAUCUGUUACGAAGAUCGCUUUUUUGGCCAAGCCAACGUGACCAAUGUAACCACCAGCAGCGCCAUCCUCACGUGGCUGCCAGCGCCCGGUGACAUCAGCCAUUACCGCGUGGAGGUCAAAGGUCAAGCAAAGCCAGUGGGGAUACUUAAUAAUCUGAACUAUGACCUUUUGAAGCUGACAGCAGGAACCUACUACUCAGUGCAGGUGUUUGCCGUUAAGUGUCACCGAGACCUCAGCCCACAGGAGGUGGCCUUCUACACCACACCAAACAAAGUCGAAAACCUGAAUGCUUCCAACGUGACGGAGACAUCCAUCUCCCUGAGCUGGGACAAACCAGAUGGAAACGUGGAUAUCUAUUUGAUAAAUUAUCAGAAUAAGCAGGAUGAAAGUAAAACAGAGGGCAUAGGGGUCUAUGGUUUGAUACCUGGACAUCUUUACACAUUCACUGUCUUCUCAGGGGUCAGCGACAGGUCCACACAGAGCGAAGAAUCCAUGAUCACGAAAUACACCAAGCCCGGGAAGGUGUCCGAUCUGAAGGUGUCUGAGAACACAAACACCUCACUGCUGCUAACCUGGAGUCCACCCGAGGGAAAGACCUCAGGUUACUCUGUGACUGUGAAACACAAUGAUAGUUCACUAGUUACUAAAGAGGUGAAUGAGACGGAGAUGAGAGAGACGGGGCUGCCGAUGGGCACCAAGAUCACUUUCAGUGUGAGAGCUUUGACUAAUGGCUCUCUGGAGGGAGAUGAAGUGACCAUCUCCGACUACACUGCUCCAGGACAGAUUUCAAACCUGAUGUUGACCCCCCUUGAUCACUCCAUCUCUGCCACCUGGAGCCCUCCGGAGGGUAAUUAUUCAUCUUUCGGCGUCAAGCUCCAGCUCGAUGGCAUGUUUGUUGAAAACGAAACCAGCCUAAAACCAUGUCGGGAGUUUGUGAACCUGAAGAGCACUGCCACUUACAUAGUGAUCGUCAGCGCUGUUAGUGGACAUCUCAGCAGCCUGCCGGUGAUGAGAUCCGUAUCCACCACUCCGGCGGCCCCUAAAGAUCUGACAGUGACUAAGUCCUACAAAAACAAAAUCACGUUCCAAUGGAAGUCUCCCAACAACACAGCAUCGGUCAUGUACAAUGUAAAAAUCAGCUCCAGCUUUUGGAAACACAGUAUCUCCAAAAUGAUCAAAGACCAAACCAACUACACCUUUAAUGACUUGAAUUCUGGGACGAGAUACGAGAUCGAAGUGCAAACAUGUGCCGGUGGGAAAUCAAGUAACCCAGUGACUGUGUCACAUUUCACAGAGGCAGAAACCAGGGAGAUCAGUCUAUCCAUGAUGUGCUCGUCAGCAGAAGCUCUGCUCUGUGAGAAAAACUACACGAGGGAAAGGGUUUUAGAGCAGUUGGAGGCCCAUUUCGAGAAAGAGUUGGGGGACGGUGUUUUCUGGGAAUUGGUGAAGCAGGAAACUUAAAAAAAGAAUGAAGGAAAUAAUUGUGUAAAAGCAUUUGAAUGAUUCUGUUGUUCAAGAAGUCAAAUAUUAAGUAUCGAGUGAAAAACUUUGUUGCAGUUAAUCUGAAUUGUUAGACAAAAUCAAGAAAUAACUUUUUACUGAGUAAGCAAAAGGAAAACAAGUGAAUAAGUGUGUAUUUCAAUUAGUAUUUUAGUUGUCAGGUUCAAAUGUUGGCUUCCCUAUGUUAGUGUGAUACAGGGGCGUGUCCAGACUUAUGACGGGGGGGGGGGGGGGGGGGGGGGGCAACUGGGACGCUGAGUUCUGCAGGGGUGGCACACAAAAUGUGCACAAAGUCACACAAAUAAAUAUCAAUGAUUUACCCUUUUUCUCUGCACUAAUCAGAUCUCCUUCAUAACACAAGAUAACUGAAACAUUCGCUUAAUUUUUUAAUGACACAAAUUACAAAUAGCACUUCAUUCAAAGUUUUGAUUUACUUUUUAUUUCAAGUACAGAUAAAGGAAAAUAUGCUACAUUUAUAUUUAAAGAAACUACUAUCAGUCUUUGGAAAAAAACAACAACCUAGUUGUUGGCUUUAUCAUAAGUCCCGCCUCUGUGAAGUCCCAAUCACAGUUUAGGAUUUUUGGGGUGGCACCCGGGUUGGCCAAUCAGAUUUCUAGGGGGUCCAUGCCACCCCUGGCCCCCCCUCUGGACACACCCCUUGUGUGAUGUUUUAAUCGAAUAAGAUGAAUAUCUGAAGUAAUUAUCUCACAUUAUUUUGUAUGUAAAAUAAUAAAAACAUUAACAUUUUUCACAAACUCAAAAAAGUUUUCCAGCUGACUUCAAAUCCCAUGACUUCAUUUUGAUAAUUAUACAAAUAGCAAUGUUUGUGUUUUAGAGUGUUUUCCUAGUUCUCUGAAAAAGACAAUACCAACUAUCAGCUAAAGAAAAUUAAAGAAGUAAACAGUCUUAACCUUCGUUAGCAUUGUCGUUCCUUAUCCACAUCACAGUUUCAGUAAAUGUACAAAUCUGCAUUUUUUUAUCUACAAAAAAUACAACUUUUUAUUGAAUAGCAUUACCUUAUCUUUAGAUUCACAGGUAUAGAUGAAUAUAAAAUAUAAAUAUACUGUAUAAAAAAAUGAUAUUCUGUAAGUAAUCAGAUCCAUCAGGUCAGCAGAAAAACAGAAGUGUUCAAAUAUACGUUGAAGUUUCAGUUCAGUUUCGGUGCAAAUAUCUGUACAUAUAACACCUCGAGGGGCUGACUUUGGGGUUGGUGUAAGUAAUAACCAUCCUGCCAACUUCCUCUGUUACACUUGAGGCCCUAUUUUAGGCUCCCAGGUUACAGAGAGCAGCUUUCAAAAGAGGCACAAGGUCACAUUUUAUGAACAUUAGUGAGCAGGCUGGUGGGAACAUUUGGGUAAAAGGACAAAGACCUCUAACAGCUGAAUGGAUCAGAGACACGAGGAGGACGAUGCAGAGAGGGAAACACCUGCAGGUUAGUAAAAAAGAUCCUCUUCCACCAAACCUACCGUCAAAAUGAUUACAUAUAAAGCUUAUCAGUGUUACAUACAUAUACUCCUGACCUUGUCCUUACUUUGUGUACCGCCCAAAAUCCUCACCUGAUGUUGCCGUUUCCAGGGAACAAUGACAGCGACAGUUAUUGUCUGGUUGCAAAGUCCUUGUUAACUUUUUUUUCCUUUUCUCUCUGAAAGUGGCAGUUAUCUUAACGAGGGUCAAAAGGUGGAUGUCCUUUAAGACCCGGGUUAACACCUUCUCAGAUCUCAUCUGAGAUCAUUUCAGAUGUUUAUGUUUUAAAAACCCAAAAGAUGUUUGAAUAAAGUCGAUUGAAGUGAAUAUUUCCUCACAAAGGGUCCCAAUGAUUCAGUGAAUGAUUACAUUUUCUGAUUCAACAGAAGCAGGAUGCUGUCAAAAAUGUAAGAUGACUGCGUGUGUGGCUGUUGUUAUAGCAACUACAAUCCUUGUCAUGGGGCUGCUUUGGUGUUUGAUAUUCUUUGGUGAGUAUUAAUAUUAGAUCAUACACUUGACAUUUGUAAAUGAAGUUAGAAAAAUAUUGAAUCCAGGCUUAUCCCAAAAAUAAUUUUCCUAAAUUCAUUUCUAAUCCUUGUCACCCAGGAAAAACAAGAAUGAAAUCUUAACUACAGUAAAAGCAACAAUACCACAGUUUACAUAAACUCUGUCAGUACUCUACCAAAGUAGUAAGAGGACAUCAACAAGUGUUUAAAGCUCCCGUUAAGAACUUUAAGUUUCUGUUGAUUUUGGCACCCCCUUGUGGACAAAAAGUUCAUUUAACUCUGCUGAUUUUCCUUGUACCUCGCGGCAGCAGUUUCAGGCACUUUAAUAACUAUAUAGAAAUAUAAUCAGUGUCAUUGCAGCUCAUAUAGAGGCAUCAGUAUUUAUUUCAGUCUGUCUCAUGACCAGCUACA